AGCAACAAUCGAUUGUGGUGCCAGCUCUAACAGCUGAUCGGUGGUAAAAAAUGUCUUCGGCUUUUAUAAAAUGUUUUAACUUGGCUAAAACUGUGGGAAAUGCGACGGUCAAGAGCUUGCUGGCCGCGCCCAAGCAGCCCUGGCAGGCCUGCAGUGCGGCUGCCCUGCAAACGCCGCAUGCUCCUCCAAUGGCCAUGCAGAUGCACACCUCCUCGGUUCGCCGGGACCUGAUGGAGUUCUUCGACGACAAGAAGAACUGGAGCGAGAACGAGGUGAAGGUGGGCCGCGCGUGGCGCACCGACGAGCUGCGCAUCAAGUCCAACAAGGAGCUGCACCAGCUGUGGUUCGUGCUCCUCAAGGAGCGCAACAUGCUGCUGACCAUGGAGCACGAGUGCAACGACAAAAUGGAGGUCUUUCCCAGUCCGGAGCGCAUCGAUAAGGUGAAAAUCUCCAUGGAGAACCUGGAGACGGUGGUGAGGGAGCGCAACAAGGCCUAUCACCUGCUGGAGACCGGCGAGACUGGCGAGCGGCCCCAGAAGGCGAUGAAGAACGCAUUCGGCCUGCAGGUCAACUACAAAAGCUGCGAACACGUCCUGCCGCCCUACAUGAACAUGAAAUGGAUCAAAUCCCGCAACAUGGGCUUUGGCGGACGGGCCGUAAACAGAUUCCUACUGAAGUACCGCGAGAAGUUGUACAAUGCCAAGCGCAAGGCCAAGAACCGCUCCCGCAACGAAGUCAUGAUGAUCCUGCGCCGCAAUCCUAACUUCGACCUGGAUGCGCUGCGUCGCCAGUACCCCGAUGUGAACGUGGACAAGCUGUGCAACGAGGACAAGAUUCGUGGUCACUAUGUGCCCAAAGUUGGCGUGUGAGCUGGAGAGGAUUGCAGUUACUUAGUGAUUAAAACAACAAAAUACCAUCAA